AUGGUGACACAAAGAUUGCACGCUUACCGGAGCAUCGUUAGGGAAGUAAGCCGCGCGGCGAUCUAUCCACGAGCAACGCGCCCCAAAGUUGUCUCCCAGCAUUUGCGGACAGUCUUCGAGGAAAAGCAGCCAGCGCAGGAUGACGCGAAGUUUCAGCGUGACAUGCGCAAUGUCACCACCUUCUUGAAAUCGCAACAGAUGCACAAGAUGCUAUUGGAGCGAUACAACCCCUUGCUCGGCCUGUCAGUUGAAGAUAGGGUGAAGAAAACUGCCAACCGUGUCGGUCUUAAUAUGCCCAUCACGCACAAGAAUGAGGAGUAG